CCUUGGCCGCGUGGCUUUGGCGCCAGCCUGCCGUCGUCCCGGAACUACGUUCCCCGCGCGGGGCACUGUGCCCCGGGGGACCGACCACGUCCGCGCAGCAGGAGAGAAGUGGCGACCACGCCCAAGACCCGGACCGGGGCGCUAUCAGUCUACCCCCGCGCAGACGGGGGGGGAGGCGGUGCGCCAGGCCGCGCCCCCUCGCUCGCUCGUCAGCCUGACGCCGUGGGCGCGGGCGCCCGCCCUUUUCUGUCGGGCCUACUGUCGCGCGCGGAAUGAAAGGAAAGCAGGGCCGGGGGCGCGCGGGAACGAACCCACCGGGGAGGCGCCCCUUUUUAAUUUUUGUCAGGCCGCUGCUUCGCGGGGGGGCCUAGCCUUUCGCCGGUGCUUGUGCGGCGCCAGCCUGGACGGGGGCCUCCGCGCAUUGCCGUUGUUUUCGCCCAGUGCUAGGACCGGGCGCGCUUCUUGGCGCAGCUCCGUCGUGCACAGCGAAGGCCCCCGGCUGCCCUUGCUUUCUCACUCCAGGUCGCAGGGCAAUGCCGGUCGUAUCUUUCUUGUGCUAGCUCGGUUCGACGCGUGGCCGAGUCUCUAUCGCCGCUAGCUUCAGAGUAACAAAACCACUCAGCUUUAUCUUGCUUGUCCGCCAGUUCUUGUUCUUCACACACUUUGUAUCCAAGAUCC